AUGCUGGAAGAGGGAGAUACUCAGUCGAUACAGCUGGCGAGCUCAAAUACAUCACUCGACACGUAUUCCAUCAGGAGUAGAGAAGAUAUCCACCAGUACAGGCCUACCCUCCCUAUGCCUCACUAUAAGCGAAACGAUGAGUACGAGAUGAGCAACGCUUGGCUGUACAAUCAAAUAGAAUUCAAGCUACAAGUCUGCCGCAUCGAACCCGCCGGUGCUCGCAAUACCCCACUCAAAAGCAUUGCUGCAGUCUAUGCAAAGACGUCACGCUGCUCGUACUCGAUGCAGCCAGAUCAGAUUUACCUCACUGGCGCAGGAUGCGCCCCGAUCGAUCUGGAGUCAGCCUGGAAGAAUGAAAAUGUAGGGGUCCUGUACUCUAGAGUACAUUCUACAUUGGCUGUAUCCACAGCCAGCAUCGUACCCCCAACCUACGUCAAUCCCCUGGCCCUCAAGCUUGCAUACGAGACCAUCUGGCAGCAUUGCAAGCGCCAGCUGUAGAUCAUGACU